AUGAGCCUCUUUCUCCUCACAUCGGAGAUUGCCAUCGCGUUCCAAAAGGUAUACCACACUACUGUGGACCACACAGACAAUGCCCAGCGACUCCAAACUGUCCAGGAACUGACGGCGUACCUGGAAAGUACCUACCUGUGUCACUGCGAUACGAACAUUCCCAUCCAGAAGGUUGCGUGGCUGUCUACGCGCUCUCUUCUUUCCAAGUUUGAGUUUUUCGUCUACCAGCUCAGCCUCAAUAAUGAACAAUCGCAGGAGGCGGUUUCCUCCGCCGCCGAGCGAACGCUGAUAUCGGCAUGUGUCUGCUUGGAACAAAGCAUGGAACUCCAAACCGACGACCUGCUACGUGGGUUCCGUUGGUUAUUCGCGAGCUACAAUCAGUUCCACUGCUUGAUGUAUGUUCUAUGGCACCUGUGCGCACAGCCCACCGGGCCUCACGUGGUUCGAGUGUGGAAUAUUGUCGACCUCGUCUUUAAUGUGACUGAAAAUGAUCCAACUCGACCUGAUCCGGGGCCGACGUGGAAAGUGCUGCAGCACUUGCGGGAAAAGGCAGCACAACGGAGAGGGAACGUCGCGAUGUCCUCCCCGACUCAGGCUCAUGGCCCGUCUGACGAACGUGUCCCGGAGUCCCGGACGGCUGAACAGCAUUCGGGCCAGGAAUUGGAAGGCACAGGAGACGGAUUCGGGGAUCUCUUGGCUCCUCCGCUGGAUCCAAGCUCCUUGACGGAGUGGAUUAACCUUUCGGAGAACUUGGGAAUGUAUCGGUUUGAGCCGUAG